UUUUGCUUUCCGAGACACUAGAUAACAGUCUCAGUAGUUCAUACUUCAAGAUUUAUUUUUAUUGCAGUUGUUUGGGUAUUAAAAGCUAUAGUCAAUAAUAUUAUUUAUUAUCAAGCUAGUGUAUGUGCGAUAAGUACCACAGCGUACUAGUUCUAAGUGGUCAAAGUGUAGUGUUGUUAGUGCUGCCCUGUUAUUUGUUAAGGAGUUGUCUGCAUAAAAUUAUCAAAUUUGAGAGACUUGGUGUUAAAAUAUAACAAUGAGGCUGUAAAAAUCGGAUUAAUGAACAAAAAUAGAUUUGUCUCUGUACAAUGUCAAAAUAUGUGGUAACGUCAAAGCCAAGGACAGAGGCAAAGACUAAUUCUGCAGAGCCUCCUUUGUCAAAUAGCUAUGAAAGCAUUGUGCCAGCCGAUGACCAAUGUUGUUUCGUUUACUUUUACAAUUUGUACUUUAGCUGGUGCCGCUGUUCUGGCUGUUGCGAUGAUAAAAAACGGAAGAGAAGAAUACCCCAAAGAAGUGCAUUUAAUAAUCAUAAUAAGUUUAAUGAUGACAACAAUACAACAUACUUCCUAAAUGAAGAGUCUUAUCCUACACAGCCAUACAGCGACUACACUGUAGGUGACGGACGGAAUGAUAAUGAUAGCUACUCUAUCGUUGAUUCUGAAGGCAAAGCGCUAUCAGGUUGUGAGGAAGGUCGCUCAGGUGAUCAUAGUGGAAAAGCAGGGCACUCUGAGGUCAUAGACGACUCAGGUGGACAUAUUGGGAGUGGAGAUUCCUCUGGUGGCGUUACCCACUCAGUUCGCCACGGCGUCGGUGGAUGUCACGCUAGGACCAUAGACCACUCAGGUGGACAUAUUGGGAGUGAAGAUUCCUCUGGUGGCGUUAGCCACUCAGUUCGUCACGGCGGCGGUGGAUGUCACGCUGAGACCAUAGACCACUCAGGUGGUCAUAGUGGCACUGGUGGUCACACUGGGAGCGUAGACUACUCUGGUGGUCAUAGUGGGGGUCACUCAGGGGGUGCAGAUAGUGGUUGGGGUGAUAGCGGCGGAGGAGAUACUGGUGGUGAUUGCGGAGGAGGUGGAGACACUGGGGGUGAUUGUGGAGGAGGUGGAGACACUGGUGGAGAAUCAACAAUGUCCGAUGCAAUUACCACACAACCUGGAUCAAGAGCGGCAAAUGAAAGCAGCGAGUCCGCAGAUGUUUUUUUGAAUUUAGAACCUAAAGAGAACAUAGAGACACUUAUUGAACCUGUCGCAGAAGAGUUGAAUGAUCAACAGAAAAAAAAGAAAAAUAGCGACCACACUUGUGUAUCUUGUUACGAUGAUGAUGAUAACUGCAAUAUAUUUUUUCUUUGCGAAUGUUUCUCAUGGUUCUUUGCGAACUGUGCAGAGUGUAUAGAAUGCUGCUGUACAGGAUGUUGUGAGUGUUUAGCAGAAGUAUGUACAGCUUGCAGUGGCUGUGACUGUGACUGCGAUUGUGACUGUACGGGCUGUGAUUGUGACUGUUCAGACUAAAAAUGGCUAAAGCCAGGUCCAAAUAGGAUUAAUUAAUUUAUCAUUUGACCAGUGCCCAUUACCACGUAUCCAUACAGCCGUAUUUUUUGUUAUACUGUAGGUUUUAAGCGCAUUAUCUAAUGGUUGAUGACUUUUACCUUAAUUUAGCCAUUGCACAUUGCCCGAGUUCUUCACCCUCAUUUAUUAUAUAAAUAAAAUAAAUAUAAAUAUAC